UUAUUAUUAUUAUUAUUUAUGUUAAUGCUCAAAAACAAAAAGGUGGGACCUUUUCAUCACCGGAGCUCCGUGAGGGCGCCGACCAUUAAUUCUCCUCCCCACCUCUCUCUCUCUUUAUCUCUCUGUCUCUCUCUCUUGUUGGAGCCAUCGAUGUGGCGAAGCUGAGCUCCACCUGCUCGAUCCCUUCUUUCUAGGCUUGUGCAAAAAUGGGGUUUUGAAUUUUGAUCCCACUCCCUAAAUUCUACAUUGAAAAGCAUGGAUACUUCUUGAGAAGAAGAAGAAGAAGAAGAAGAAGAAGAAGAGGAGGAAAAAGAAGUUGGUCAAAAAGAGUUUUAAGGUGAGGGAACUUUACCGGAUCGGCGAGGAGCUCGAAAGCUCCCUUCUGAUGGCUGCUGUUGCCCUAGGCAACAAUAAUAGUGAGGAACAUCCACUCUACAUCUCUUACAAAGUCCCCAGCCUCGCCAACCCAAUCCUCGAAACCCCGCACAUCUCCUUCCUCGGAGACCGAUACAACCUCGGCGAACAAUUGGGCUGGGGACAGUUUGGGGUGAUCAGAUCAUGCUCCGACAUGCUCACUGGCGAGACGUUGGCGUGCAAGUCGAUCGCUAAGGACCGCCUUGUCUCUGCUGACGACAUCCGCGGUGUGAAGCUUGAGAUCGAGAUCAUGGCACAGCUCUCCGGCCACCCCAAUGUGGUCGGUCUCAAGGCUGUGUAUGAAGAAGAUGACUUCGUUCAUCUUGUGAUGGAGCUUUGUGCGGGAGGGGAGCUCUUCCACCGGCUCGAGAAGCACGGCUGCUUCUCCGAGCACGAGGCGGCUGUUCUAUUUCAGCAUCUCAUCGAGGUGGUGAUGUACUGCCACGAUAAAGGGAUCAUGCACAGGGAUCUCAAGCCGGAGAACAUUCUACUUGCGACCAAGUCCUCGUCCUCGCCGAUCAAGUUGGCAGAUUUCGGCCUUGCCACCUACAUCAAAUCUGGGCAAAGCUUGCAUGGGACAGUGGGGAGCCCUUUCUAUAUAGCUCCUGAGGUACUUGCGGGGGGAUACAAUGAAGCUGCCGAUGUGUGGAGUGCGGGGGUUAUUCUUUAUAUUCUUCUCAGUGGAAUGCCGCCCUUUUGGGGAAAGACAAAGUCGGCGAUCUUUGAGUCCAUCCGGUCCGCGGAGUUACGAUUUCCAUCUGAUCCUUGGGACAGGGUGUCAGAUUCCGCAAAGGAAUUGAUAGCCGGAAUGCUGCGUAGAGAUCCUGCCCAGAGGUUUACAGCCAAGCAGGUUCUUGAUCACUCAUGGAUAAAGGAACAUGCAGACCAAUCACAAGUUUCAUGUGGGCAGUGCAAUGGCAGUAUCAGUUUGAGACAAGGAGAUUUGGGUUCUUGCUCCUUUUCUACCCCUCUGAUGUCUCAUAGUCGUGAUGUGAGCUUCAGUACUGGCUUUCCCAUUCCCUGCCAAAGCCAGGAAGAUCAUUCUUCCCCGACAUUUACGUGCAGAUCGUCGUUCUCUGCUUUUGUCGUUGACUCCACACCUUCUUGCCCCACUAUUGGCUUCUCAUUUGGCAACAUUUGUGAGCAUGAUGGUGUCUUAUUGUCAUCGCAAAUUCCUUCAAUGUCAAACUUUUCAUUCCUUAGCCCACAAUCUAGCGAGCAAGAAAACCUAUUGACUUUUGCUACUGAGGCAUUCAAUACUGGUGACAGAGAUGCCUGCUUUGCCAAGCUCUUUACGAGAGCUUCAGAGAACAGGGGGGCUGAGAUGAAAAGGUUAACAACCAACACCUCAAGAGCCAUCUGUAUCCACAGCAGAAGGAACCACACGAUCGGUCUCGGGGAGCUUGAGCAGCUCAAUCUAAUGGUCUCGGAAUCGGUCAUACGUUGGGCCUCAUGCACGCAUCUGUCGAGUGCACCGUCCCUUAGGUCCUCGCUUGUUUGCUGAUUAGAAGUUUUCCUCGAUCUUGAUGUUGUUAGCGAAAUGAUGAGAAAGGAUACUGCUGUGAUGGCUAUAUUCGCAGAAAUUUGUUGGAGUGAAGCUGCGAACCUCGGUAUAAUAUAUGAGAGAUCAGUGGGCAUUAUCUAUGCUAGCUAGUUGUUGCAUUACCAUUUGGGCUGUGGUUGAAUGUUGCAUUCAAGUUGUGCUAUUUUAGUCAUCCCGGAUUUUAAAUAGCUUAUCACUUCCAUGGGGUGCUCUGUUGCUAUUUUGGCGUCUAAUUGCAACAGAUGAAAUGGUGUCCAAAUCGCUCAAUUGCAGCAAAUGAAGCUGUACACAAAUUGGGCGCCAUUUCAACUGUAGUAGUUGGAUGCUAAUGUAGUAAUUCAAACAAUAAAAUUAAUUCCACAUGUAGUUAGAUUUGCAAUACAAUAGUAAAUGUAUGCAAUCAAAUAGAACAGUAAAUUGCACUUGGAGUAGGAA